AUGAAAAACCACAGUGUUAUCUCAGAGUUCUUCCUCCUGGGACUCACUGCUGAGCCUCAGAUCGAGGCUCUGUUCUUUGUGCUCUUUCUUAUUAUUUACCUUCUGACCUUACUGGGGAACCUGAUGCUGCUGGUGGUGAUCAGGGCUGACUCCCACCUGCACAUCCCCAUGUACUUUUUCCUAGGACAGUUGUCCUUUUUGGAUCUCUGCCACUCCUCUGUCACUGUGCCCAAGCUUUUGGAGAACCUCCUGUCCAAGAAGAAAUCCAUCACCGUAGAGGGCUGCAUGGCUCAAGUCUUCUUUGUGUUUGCCACUGGCGGCACUGAGUCCUGCCUCCUUGCUGUCAUGGCCUAUGAUCGUUAUGUUGCCAUCAGCUCUCCUCUGCUCUAUGGCCAGAAGAUGAGCAGACAGCUGUGUCUAGGGCUGGUGUGGGGCUCCUGGGGCUUGGCUUUUCUGGAUGCUUUCAUUAAUAUUCUUAUAGCUCUUGAUUUGGACUUCUGUGGAGGUCAAAAUAUCCACCAUUUCAGCUGUGAGUUGCCCUCUCUCUAUCCUUUGUCUUGCUCCGAUGUGUCUUCGAGUUUUACCGCCCUGCUCUGUUCCAGCAUCGUCCAUUUCUUUGGCAAUUUCCUCCUCAUAUUUUUCUCCUAUGUUCGGAUUUUGUUCACCAUCCUGAGCAUCAGCUCCACGACGGGUAGGAGCAAGGCCUUUUCCACCUGCUCCUCCCACCUCACUGCAGUGAUAUUCUUUUACGGUUCGGGAUUGCUCCGCUAUCUCAUGCCAAAUUCAGGAUCCACACAAGAGCUAAUUUUCUCCUUGCAGUACAGUGUAGUCACACCCAUGUUGAAUCCUCUCAUUUAUAGCCUAAAGAACAAGGAGGUCAAGGCAGCUGUGAGAAGACUUCUAAAAAAAUCUUUCUAA